ACAAGCCUGUGAAUAUUGCAAGUUUCAUGUUCAGACAGAGUACCGCAAGAUGACGUCCAAGCGUGCAGAGUUGCAAUCUUCUUAUUCUGGUGUUCAGCCAAAGGCAGAUUGGAAGGGUUUGAACAAAGAAAGAAUCAUGUAUGGUGGCAAGUCAUACAGCUUAAAUUCAAGGGGAACAGUAAUGAGGAAAACUUCCCAAAGUAAGAUAACAUUGACAAGCUUAGGAGCGAAAGAAGCAGAAAAAAUCAAACAAGAAUCAUUAAAAAAUGUUCUUGUCAUGCAUUCAAAAGCAAGCGAUGAACAGGAUACCUUAGUACGUGUUGGCGGAGUCUCCAAUGAAUUUAAGGAUUUGCUGAAUGCACCGACUCCAGGUGCCCAAAAUGUGCUCCGACACCUCGUGUCAGCUGACAAAUGCAAAGAUCCGGUGAUAGCAGUUUCAGCCAAGGACCUUCUAAAACAACACAAAAUUGACAUGAAGAGGAAAGUAGCUGCAAGACAUGAACAGCAACAAGCAUGCAGCACCCCUGGAUGCAACCCUGGAUCGUCAAGCAUUGCAAAUGCAGCAAAUGGAAACAUGGUGGACCUUGGCUCACCUACACAAUUCCAUGGAAAAGGAAACCCUGAAAGGAGUGUCCCAAAACUUGGGCGGGGUUUUACAUCUUGUAACCCUGUAAGGGUUAAGACACCAAACAGUUUAGAGGAGGCCAAGCGUCAGGCAGUAGCCAUUAUACGUGCAAAGGGUGAACUAGCAAAAACCAACCCUAAUAAGUUAUAUAAAGGACCAGUUUCUGAGAAAGCUAAACAACAUAUUAAACAGAAGGUUGAGAAGGACACACAAUCUAUACAAGACAAGGAAAAUGAUGAAAGUCCUAAGUCUUCACAGCCAAAGAAACGGAUAGUUUUAGGUCUAAAGGUCGAAUUAAGCAAAGAAGACAUUGAGAAGAUUUCUAAAACAAAGUCCCUUAAUGCCCAUCUCCUCUCUCAGUUUGAGCUUGAAAUGCAAGAGCAGUACUUUGCCAAGAUGGAGGUGAAAGAAGGAAUGGAACAAAUGAUGGAUUCAGUGAUGGAAAAGGAAGUGAAUGUCGUGUCAUGUAAACAGUGUAAAUAUACAUGGUUCAAGGCUUCUGAUUUAUGCAAGAAAGAGAACCAUCAGUUGAAAUGGCAUGCUGGGAAACAACGGUUUUUCACCUGUAAGGAUUGCAAGACACGCUGUAUCACGUUUGAUCGUAUUCCAAACAAGUCUUGCAGGCAUUGUAAAGGAACCAACUUCGAAAGAGCCUCAAUGCUGAAGGAGAGGAAAGGGCCGCUACUGGACUCUGAGAAACUGUUACUACGGGGUGAAGAGCGCAAAUGGGUCAACUCUUGAAUAUCAAGUUCUCUUCAAAUUUGUUUGUUGGGUUGAAUUGUAAUAUUUUGCAAACUAGUCCAACUGAGAAUUAUUUUUGUACAUGUUUAGGUUUAAAUUUACAUUCAACCCAACACUAACAGUAAGGAUAGUAAGGACACUAAUAGUGCGAUGUAAAUAACAUGCAAAAUGCAUUUAUAAAACAUACAAACAUAAAGUAUGAAAACAUUUGGAUCACAUGUUAAUCCAACUCUCAAUUGUGUGUACAAGAAUGUAUGUCAUUUAACCACCUCCCUAUCCUUGCAUUUUAGCUUGUGAUUGAAAAGGGCGAUCUUAUACCAGCGAAGAGUUUAUACCCAUUGCUAUGGUGAACUUAACCCAUGGCAGAUUGAUACUUCUGUUGAGGACUGAAACACAUAAAACAAAAAGACAUGUUAAAUGUCAGUAUAUUGAGCUGUUAUUACUAAGCAGUUAAUUGUGACCACAGGAACAAUUUGUCAAAAAGCAUUAUACUAUAUUUUUACAAUGUAAAAUAGUUUCCAAGUGAAUAUUGCAAGGAUUUAAUUUUGAAGAUUGAUUUGCCAGACCUGUCGGUUGAAAUGCAACCGCAUCAACUGCAUUGCUUGUCAUUGAAGUGUGUGUCAGAUAUCGAUAUCAUUUUUAAUAUUUGGUAUUUAAAUUAAUUUUCUUAUUAAACAAAAGUUCAUCUAUUAUAGUAGAGUAAAAAGGGGAAAAAAAGGUGAAAUUGAAAAGGUAGAAACAAAAAUAUAUGCAUAGAUUUUUAGACCACUGGAAUUCAAAAGACUUGACUCUAAAUACCUCUGCUUAGAAUUGGAUGGUAAGCUGCUGGGCCAAUGUGUGUAUCGGACGAAAAUGGCAAAUAAAAAAAUAACAAAAACUUACCCAAAACAUGAAAGACAGAAAAGCACACGAAAAUCUAGAUAUAAAUUAGUACUGGGCGAUAAGCUGUUGGGCGUGUUUGCUCAAAAAUGAGUUAGGCCUAUGUUGUUAGGAAAAUCUAGAUUUCUUUUGGUGUACUGACUAAUUGGUAAGUACCAUGUGGCUGCAGUAGGUGCCUACUGCAAAUAUCCUGAGUUGAUAUUAAAAAAUGGAUGAUAUGCUGUGUUACAUUUUAUAUAAU